CAAACUCGAUUUACAAAACAAGUUCAACCCGUAUAUCACUGAAUCCGGAGUCGCGGAGAAAAUUUCACCGAUCGCUCUCGUCUCCAGCUAAAUUUCUGAAGCCUCGUCAGAAAUCGGACGGAGCAAAAGGCAUGGACAAAAAUAAAUCAAGUGACGCCUUGGAUGAGAUACCGACUUUCAAUGUCGAUAAUAUUCAAAACAACACGAGAAUUAUUAAUUACAGCCGCACAUUUAUGUCAAUUAUAGGCGGAGUUAUUGCCGGAAUUUUGGGAGUCAAUGGGUUGACUGGAAUUGUAUUCUAUUUCCUUGUCAUGGCAAUUACUACCGCGGGACUUGCUGCAAAGACUGAGUUUUCUGUUCAUUCUUAUUUUGAUAGCUGGAACAGGAUUGUAUUUGACGGCAUUUUAGGCGGACUUAUGUCGUUCGUGCUAUUCUGGACAUUUGCCUAUGACAUGGUUCAUAUUUUCUAAAGAAUCCACAGCGAAGAUUUGGAAGCUGACAACAAUGGUACAUCAUCUACUUGUGCGUUGAAGCCCUGGAGCAAACGAAUGACAACUAUUUGCACACGAAGCAGUCGAGCAAACCCAAAGAAAAACUUGAUUUUUGAUUUGUUAUGCUUUAGUGUUAGGACAUUUACUAUAUCCGAGUUUUGAACUUCGUAAAUUUCUACUGAUGUAUGACUUCUCGCAUGAUUAUUCGGUUAUUUGACUCGUGUUUUUCAUGUA